UCGCCCCGCAGGCUCGCCCAGGGCGCCGAGCCUCCGCCUCCGGGACGCCCUCCAGGCCCGCAGCGGGCAGAGAAGGGGGGGCGGCCCUUGCCCUCGGCCCCAGACAUGGUGGGUCAUCUGCAUUUGCAGGGGAUGGAGGAGAGCCUGAAGGAGAGGAGCCGGGAGGGCUUGCUGGACAGCCCGGACUCCGGCCUGCCCCCCAGCCCCAGUCCCCCUUUCUACGGCCUGUCCCCGGACGGCCGGGCGGCGGGGGGCAGCGCCAUCCCCAACGACCCCUCGGCCGUCGCCCCCCGUGGGGAAGCCCAGGAGGGCAGAGAGGUCCCCUGUGCCUUCCCCUGUCCCCUGGCUCCUGAGAUGAGGCCCCGGAUGUACCCGGUGUUCUUCGGGGAAAGCAUCGAAGUCAACCCCCAGCCUGGGCAUGAAAUCCGGUGGAACUCUGAGGUGAAGUACGACUCCGAGAAACACUACCGCGACGAUAUCUUCUACGCCCCCGUCCCCACGGUCACCUCCUUCAGCGAGACCAUCAUCGCCACCCCCAACUGCACCUGGCGAAACUACAAGUCACAGCUGCUCCUGGAGCCCCGCCCCCGGCCCCUGCGUUUCCAGACCACCACCAUCAUCUACCCCAAGCACGCAAAGAACACUUUCCGCACCACGCUGCGCUGCAGCCUGGGCUGCCCCAAGCGCUGGUUCGCCUCCAGUGUGCGGCUGGAGCUGUGGGAGGAGCCUGGUGGCUGCCCCUUCUACCCCGAGGACCUCUAACCUGCCUGCUGCUGGGCUGGGGGGCCUUGACAGACUUGGCUGAGACCUGAGGUUAAGGGCUCGGGGGGAGGGAGGCCUGAGUUGCGAGGACUGGCCUUUCCCUGAGGGGCGUGGGGACCCAAGCCCCGGCUCUGUCUCUCAUCAGCCAUCACCAGCCCUCCAGUGGGCGAGGUUGUCUUUUGAUAUAUGGGAUCCCGUUUCGCUUGCAGAGGAUUAAAUAAAUGUAUCUAUUUUAUUAGCCUUUUAAACGGAGUCAGACCAUCCUGGAAUCCAAACCCCGCGGAGGCUGGCAGCCAGGGCCGGCACUGCCCUCCCUUGCUCACCAGCCAGCCCGCUCAGAGGACAGGCGGCUUCCUUCGGGAGAAAAGUUUGGUUGCUCAGAGGAUGGGUCUUGGGUCAGCAGGGACCUGUCACAUCCCAUUUCCCAGCAGGCGCCAAAAUGGAGGCACUCUUUGUUGGACACCGAGCCUACUGUGUUGAGGUUGGGCAGCUCAGACACUGUCCACCCUGAGGAGAUAAAAUCUAGCUGGACAGAAAGUUUCAUGGUUUCGAGAGGCCGGAGGCUGUGAAUUUCUGGACAGAGCCGUUCCGGAUGUGGUAUGGGUGGUGGCAGCCUCUUUGUGGGGAGCUCCUAUGGGGGGCUCCGAGGCAUGGGAGCCAAGAUCCCAGCUCUUCAGGAAGGAAUCUCCUGGGGGUAGGGGAGAGUUCUCCAGUGAGGAUGGGAAGGGGAGAAUUAGAUAUUUGGUUUUUGCCCACUAUAGGGCUGAGGAGCAGCAGAGGGCGGAAAGUGGCAGCCAGCAUCUCAAAUCUGUCUCAUAAAGCCUCUGCCGAAGCAGAGCUGGCUUUGUGUGUAUAUGUUUCUGAAGAGGGGCUGCAGGAUGGGGAGGGACAUGUUUCAGAAAAGAGGACCCGAUGGCUUUUUGGAAACACGAACAAGAUGGAAAAGAGAAAGUGAUAAAAUGAUAGACUUCAGGAUUGCGGAAAAUUCAUGGUUAGGCAAAGGCAUUCUGGGAAAUGCAGAAAACCUUAGCAAUUGGCUGUGAAUUCUGGAUUUCUGGAGAAUCCAGUCACCAAAAUCCGCCUUUUCAAACAAAAGGGGAUUAGAGGUGAGGGGGGUUUGUUUUGGAGGAAGCCUAUUUUUGGAGGUGAAUGAUGUGUAGGCAAGCAGUGAGGAUCAGUGGAAAGAGCACGGACUUGGGAGUCAGAGGUCAUGGGUUCUAAUCCCGGCUCCACCGCUU